AUGGCGGCGGCCGGCGAGGAGGCGGAGGCGGCGGAGUGGGCGCUGCCGGCCGAGGUGGAGGUGCUGGAGUCCAUCUACCUGGAGGAGCUGCGGGUGCGGCGGGGCCGCGGCAGGUCGGAGCCCUGGGAGGUGAGCAUCACCCUGCACCCCGCCACGGCGCAGGACCAGGACUCGCAGUUCGUCCGCUGCACCCUGCUGCUCGCCGUGCCCCCCCAGUAUCCCAACGCGGCUCCGGACAUCGCCAUCAGGAACCCGCGGGGGCUGUCGGAUGAGCAAAUCCAGAAGAUUUUGCAGACCCUCAGAAGCGUUGCUGAAGCCAGGCUGGGGACGGAGGUGCUGUAUGAGCUGAUUGAGAAGGGGAAGGAGAUUCUCACUGACAACAACAUUCCUCACGGCCAGUGCGUGAUUUGCCUCUAUGGAUUCCAGGAGAGGGAAGCCUUCACAAAGACCCAGUGCUACCACUACUUCCACUCCCACUGCCUGGCCCGAUAUGCCCAGCACAUGGAGGAGGAGAUCCUUAUGCAGCAGGAAGAGAGAGAGCAGCACCUGGCACCUUCUCCCAAACAGGACGUCGGCGUGCAGUGCCCUGUCUGCCGGGAAACCCUGGUCUACGACCUCUGCGCCCUGAAGGCAGCGCCGCCCCCGCAGCACCCGCUGGAGCCAUACAGGCCAGAUGCCAAGACGCUGCAGCACCAAGAAGAACUGCGCUUAAUUUUCAAGAGACAGCAAGAGAAAGGGGGCAUCAUUGACCCCGAAGCGGAGAGGAACCGCUACUUCAUCAGCCUCCAGGCGCCUCCGGCUACUGCUGAUCCAGGCCAGGCAGCCGCUGCCUCCGAGCCGCUGGUGAGUGCGAGCGCCGUGGACGCGCCCCAGGCACCCUGCCAAGCCUCGGCCCCAGAGCCGGCCAGGGCAGCGCCUGCGCAGCCCGAGAGGCCUGCGGUGCCCAGGGAGCCGCAGAGCAGGAGGGAAAGGCACAGAGGGGAGAGGCCAGGCCCCAAAGGCCCGGGCAGGCAGACGUGCAGCAGCUCGCAGGAGGCGGCCGAGGAAGCUUGUCAUCCGCUCCACGGCUCCAGAGCACCCAGGGGCUUCAGUCGGAGACCAGAGAGGAGACCAGGCGGGAGGCACAGCCAGGAGUUUCCGAAGCAUCACAGCAGAAGCAGGGCUGCUGCCUUGGCCGAAAGAAAGGAGCUGUGCCCUGAAGACCCCUCACCAGAGACGGAGACAGCGGACUUGAAGGAGGAGCAGCGUGAUGUGGAGAGAUGGACCCCGGAGCAGGGCGCGGAGGCCCAGGGCAGGGAGAAGGAGAACCUGGCGUUCAGCUGCAGCGACCACCGAGCAGCUGCUGGCUGGCAGGGCCACCACCGGCCCUGGGACUGCGGGAGGUGGGAGAGGUCCAGGGCGCAGGAGCGUGGAUCCCACCCCAGAGCACCAAGAGGGCGAGGGGCGCUCAGGCCCAGCGGACGUCGAGAAGCCCAUCUCCUGGAGAAGGAGAGCGGCUCCUAG